AUGCAGCGGUACGUUACAACAAUACUCAGCGUUCUUUUGCUGUGUGGGCUGCUUUUCUCUGCUCCAGGAGCGAUCAGAGCGGAGAUCGAGUUGAGUCUGGUGGAGCUACCGCUCGAUCUUCACCAUUCAAUGCCGAACUACCCUUCAGGAAACUUUCCGGCGCCGUCGCCGCUGCUACCGCACCCACCAGUGUAUGACGAGAAUCGCACCGCAACACUCAUGCUGACUGGAGCGCAGGUGCAGAACAGCAACAACGCCGGCCAGAACGACUUCGGGGUCGGGGGUGAAAUUACGUUCAGCUCGGGAAUCAAGUAUGCAACUGUGUUCCCAAAUGAAGCGCCUGGAACGUUCAAGGUUGUGAAUGCUACAGAACUACUUUCCAACAUUUCCUUCGCAUACUUUGUGUACUACAAGCAUCCACUGGCACAAUACGCAUCGCUGAAUUUCCCAGCAAGCAACCCGGUAGCGAGCCUCUACCAGCCUAAUCAGCGUAGUCCGAACUAUACUGCCGGGGCAGUGGUGAUCAAACAGUCGAACGUGAUGCCGUCUUCGCACGGGUCGAUCUACGUGAGCUUCAAUGUCUAUGACCCACAGAACACAUCCCGCGUCCCGAACAUCCCGAGCAGUCUACUGGACAUGGGUGUUCUGAGCAUCUUGGAUGUACCUUGCUCGGGGGCUGGUAUCGAGUGCUGA